AUGGCUGUUCAUACUAAUAGACAAAUACUUACAAGAGGUAAAAGUUAUGCUACAAAACAAUCGAAGAAAUUUGGUACCGAUGAGGUAACGUUCGACAAGGAUUCCCGUUUAGAUUAUUUAACUGGGUUCCAUAAGAGAAAGCUACAAAGACAAAAGAAGGCACAAGAGUUUGUCAAGGAGCAGGAAAGACUCAGAAGGAUCGAAGAAAGACAGAAGAUUCGUCAGGAACGUAAAGAGGUGAUGGAAGAGCAGUUAAAAACGUUCAAAGAGAGUUUGAACUUGGAAGCGGAGAUAGAGGAUGCAAAAAACGGCGACACCAAGGGCUUCGAAGCAGAGUCUGAUGAAUCCUGGCGAGGUUUUGAUUCAGAUAAAGAAGCCAGUGAAGAUGACCGUAAUGAGCGUGGUGUCAAACCUAUUUUGAAGAAAGGCGCCAUCACUGAAGUAUAUGACGAUUCAACUACUGUAGAACUGGAAUCUUUGGAGCCUAACGAUAAUUUUGAAUACUUGGCGCAUUUGAACAAUGUUAAGUUAGAAAAGGCAGAAAAAGUACUCAACCAAAGCAUAAAUAGAGCCACCAAAUAUGCGAAGUUUUUGGGCGUGGAUGACAAGCAGAAAAAGAAGCCAAGGGUAAAGAAGUUUAGGUACUUGACUAAAAAUGAACGAAGAAUGAACCAAAGGAAGGCAAACGAUAAUAAGCGUAGAAGAUGA